AUGUCCACAUGGAUGAACAAAAAGCUCGUCGGUAUCCGUUACAUCAGCGAUCGUGUAAUACAAGCCGAGUUCCUUAUAAGAAAGAGACGUCUCAGGAUUAUUCAAGUUCAUGCGCCGACUUCUGCCGCAGCAGAUGAAGAGUAUGAGCAGUUCCUUGACGAGGUAGAAGCAGCACGACAUCCGUUUAGAAGUCCAGCUGUACCCGAAAUAAUCUUCGGCGACUUCAAUGCAGUCAUAGGACGCUCUCCCAACCAUGUGCCUGGAUGCGGACCUCAUGCUACUGGUAGAAGAAACGAUAGAGGCACGACACUGCUGUCAUUCUGCUCCGCAAAUGGCCUUUUAGUCGCCAACACAUUCUUCAAGAAAAGGUUCGGUAGAAAAUGGACAUGGAGAAGCCCAAACGGAACCACCCGUACUGAAAUAGACGCACGUAACUAUGCCCACCUGAAGUUUUGUCCGCGAUGUGACAUACGCUUUCUGGAUGCAAUGUCGGUAGCGAUCACCGGAUGGUACGAGUAA